CUAUUUUGGGACUUUACUCUUGACCACGAUGAUCCCAGCGCCGGUGCCUGUAAAUCCAUACUCCGUCUACCAGUCUGCCUACACCGCCGCCUAUUAUCCUUACACAGCCCCUCCCCAGCAACAACAACCAGAGCCGUCCCCGCCGUCACCAGUCCCGCCCGCUGUAUCCCCCGCCGCCGCCUCAGAAGCAACCCAGCGCCUCGUCUCCGCUGAACUCAAACGCGCCGGAUUCGAUGCAGCAGAGCCCGCCGCCGUCAUCCGUCUCGAGCAUGAGGUCGUCGCCAUCGUCGAGGCCCUCUACCACCGCGCUCACGAGUACGCAAACCUCGCAAACCGUGCAGGGGCCGUCGCUACUGACUUGAUGCUCGCCUGCAAGGACUACGAGUUGGAUAUGAAAGGUCUCCGUGCGCAGACUCGGAAGAGAAACGCGCCGCCGCUUCCCACACUGAUCCCUCCACCCUCGCGCUCUCCCUCCCCAGAACUCCUCUCAUCCGACGACGAGGACCCCGCGUCGUCCGUCCCAUUCACCCUGCGCAACCUCCCGACUUCGUUCCCAGACCUACCCCCGAAACAUACGUACCACCAGACUCCCGUGUCCCCGCCGAAAAGGGCAGCGUUGCCUUCGCUCGAGAAGAAGCUCAAGACAGCAGGGCUUGUCCAAGAGUCCCUGCGUAACCUCAUGCUUGCUACCGAGGAUGCCUCGGGCCAGGGUCAGGAGGACGCGCAGCUACUAGGGCAUAUCGUAAAUUGGCAGAGUAGUGCCCAUCCGAGAAAGAGGUGGAGAGUGGGGUCCUGAUGCGGCGUGUGCCAUCUGUAUACCAUCCUGGUAAUAAUGCUACAUACGGGAACCUACCUACGAGCACUGAGGGUAUAGCCGGUUCAAUCUUAACAAAGUCAUUUAUGAGAGUGUCACAGUCGUUUCACUAUGGCUUGGGCCCUACUCAAAGUCUUGAAGCUUGAAUGUUGAUUAAGAGUCCUGAAAACUGUUAUAAUAAAUCAUCAUACUCCAGUGUUGUGUUCAGCGU